AUGUGUCAUUGGCUGGCCUGCGUUUGGGCGUUAACUCUGCAGCUGGUCGACAAAGACUACCCUCAGUGGAUCGAUGACGUGGAAGCAGUGGAUGUAGGCUAUGGUAUCAGAACGAGGGAGUCUGCCUGGCGCGUUUACGUUGCAUCUUUCUAUUUCUGUAGCUACACCAUGACAUCUGUGGGCUAUGGGGACUUUGGUCCCAAGAACGUCUUGGAGCGGAUCAUCUGCACCUUUAUGGUGACAAUUUCUGGUCUCUGCUGGGCUUACAUCCUCGGCGAAGUCUGUGCAAUUGUGGCUGACAUGAAUGCUGACAGCCAGCUUUUUCGCAAGAAGAUGCACCAGCUGAACUCGAUGAUGCACGACCAAGGACUCCCGCCUGAGCUACGUCGGCGCUUGCGGAGCUUCUUCCUGCAGAAUCGGCAUCAACUCCAGUUCACAACCCAGCUCCAGUUGCUGGACAACAUGAGUCCACAUCUUCAGGCAGAAGUUUGCCGAGUGUUGAACCUGAAUUGGAUCCGGAAAGUUCCCUUCUUCCUGCAGUUCAUAAACCUCAUUGAGAAGAUGGAGUUCAAGGGCAUGCCGACGACUACAUUUGAGGCCUGCGUUGCUGACAUUUCUCGCAAGUUGGAAUGCGCAGCCUAUGCCCAACGCGACAGCUUUGGCGACGUGCAA